AUGAAGAAGUCACAGCACGAGUACAGGAAACCACAGUCCCACAUGAGCCCCAUCCUCGCCGUCCCAGCGGCCCCAGGGCCUCACACCCCUGUCAGUGGCUGCUACAGGACAAUCCUGGCCAAGCUUUCCAUGUGGCAAGCCUACCUGGGGAACGAGAUCUGCCCACCCAACGCUGUCCCAGGCAAGGUGACCGGCCACUAUGGCUCUGCCCAAGGGCGCCUCACUGCGCCCCCCAGAGGUAUGGUCUCAGCCCCUGUGCCCGAGAAGCUCCUGAUGAUGGCUGGUGCUGACGACCGCUACACCUCAGCCAGGGGCGGCACUGCCACACUGGGCAACUUUGCCAUGGCUGCCUUCAACGCCAUUUCCAAGACCUUCAGCUGUGUCACCCCUGACCUCUGGAAAGAGACCGUGUUCACCAAGUCUCCCUAUCAGGGAUUCGCUGACCAUCUUGUAAAGACCCACACCAGGCUCCUGCUGUGGCCACCACAUAGUUUUAUACAAGAAAAAUAA